GGAACAACUGAGGUACCUUUUAUUCCUCUGGGGGGUCCAACAAUACUUUCUACUGGUGACGCAAAAAGAUCAAGUCCAGACAUGUUUAAUCCAGCUGGAUUAGAUGCUCCAGCUGUGAUUUUUGACAAUGGUUCUGGACUCUGUAAGGUUGGAAUUUCAGGAGAGAUUGCACCCCGACAUGUCAUCAACUCUGUUGUUGGCCACCCUAAAUUCAACGUACCAUCAGUAAGAGCCAAUCGGAAAAGGUACUUUGUGGGAGAAGAAGCCCAGUGCAUGUAUGAUGGUUUAUACCUGCACUAUCCUAUUGAGCGUGGACUGGUAACUAGAUGGGAUGACAUGGAGAAACUAUGGAAAGAUCUUUUUGAGUGGGAGCUAGGCGUGAAACCCAAUGAACAGCCCGUUUUCAUGACUGAGCCCUCCUUGAACCCACAAGAGACUCGAGAGAAGACAACAGAAAUAAUGUUUGAGAAAUUUAAUGUGCCUGCCUUGUACCUUUGCAACCACGCAGUAGGAGCCUUGUGUGCUUCUGCUUGUAUCACCGGCCUGGUACUGGAUAGUGGAGAUGGGGUCACUUGUACUGUCCCCAUCUAUGAGGGCUACUCUCUGCCUCAUGGCAUAACCAAGCUCUAUUUGGCAGGGAGAGAUAUCACAGAACACCUUACCCGGCUCCUUCUUGCUAAAGGUUAUACCUUCCCCUGCAUUCUCAACAAAGCAGUGGUGGAUGACAUUAAAAAGAAGGCAUGCAGUGUCUCCUGGGGAUAUGAAGACAAAUACAACUGCUACCAUCAGGCCCUAAAGGAAUAUAAACUGCCAGACGGAAAUGUCAUCCAGAUGAGUGACCACCUGUGUCAGGUGCCUGAGGUUCUUUUUACACCUGAUCACCUUGGUAUUCAUGACUUAGGAAUCUCAAAAAUGGUCUGCAAUAGCAUCGCAAAGUGUGACGCUGAUAUCCAGGAGACUCUGUUCGCUGAGAUUGUGCUUUCUGGAGGUACCACCUUGUUUCCUGGACUACAGGAUAGACUCCUGAAAGAACUGGAACUUCUGGCUUUUGAGGGAACCCCAAUUAAGAUCACAGCUUCCCCAGACAGAUGCUAUUCGGCUUGGAUUGGUGGAUCUGUCAUGACUUCCUUGACAACAUUCAAGCAGAUGUGGGUCACUGCUAAUGAUUUCAAGGAGUACGGGGCAUUUGUGGUUCAAAGAAAAUGCUUCUGAGAAUCACUGAACUCUGGGAGCCACUAUAAAUGCCAGAUGACAGGAGUAUUGGUGGGAGUAAACAUCAUUCCUUGGCAUUUAAUAAAAUGAUCAGUAAAGCUG